AUGGAGAUAGCACAAGGAAUGGCAUAUCUUCACCAUUAUUGCUUUGUUCAAGUGAUUCACUGUGACCUCAAGCCCAACAAUGUGUUAUUAGGAGAUGACAUGACUUCAUACAUAGCAGAUUUUGGCCUUUCCAAUCUUAUUUUUGGAAAUUCUAUGGAUCCUUUGACUUCUACAGAUGCACUUAAAGGAUCCGUUGACUACAUUGUACCAGAGUAUGGAAGAGGUGGAAAGCUAUCUACAAAAGGAGAUGUAUAUAGUUAUGGAAUUUUAAUUUUAGAGUUGUUGACAAGGAAAAGACCAAUAGAUGACAUGUUCACAGAAGGAAUCAAUCUACAAAAAUGGAUACAAAUGCAUUUUCCAGAUAGAAUAUCAGAGGUGGUGGAUAAUUACUUGCUUAUAGAUGCUCAUGAACUAGAGACAUCAACAACAAUGGAAUGCCUUACUCAAUUUAUACAAAUUGGGUUGUUUUGCACAAGGGAGUCACCUCAAGAACGCCCAAAUAUGAAUGAGAUAGUUGAUAGAAUAAAUACAAUCAGAGGUGCAUUUCUUGGUACCCCUGAAGCUCUUCAAUUACCAAUAGAUAUCUCACCUUUUAUUAAUAAUGAAAAAGAUAUACAUACGACUAGAUCGGGAAAUAGAGGAAGUCGGUCUACAUCUACAUCCUAA